GCGGGCGCUGCGCGGGGACGCGCCGGAGCGGGGCUGCGCGGCCUGAGGCGGCCGGGCCCCCUGCCCCGCCGCAGGCGAGCUCCGCCGCGGCUUGGCGGCCUUCCUUCCCUUCCCUUCCCCUCCCUUCCCCUGCCUUCCCCUCCCUUCCCCUGCCUUCUUCUCCCCUGCCCUGCCCUCCCCUCCUUCGGGCCGGUCGCCGCCCCGCGGAGCGCCUCGGCGGGUGCCCCGGCGUGAGGGGCGGUUGUGUGGGAGCCGUGGCGGUCUCCGCAGAGAGCGGAGCGGAGGCUGCCCGAGAGCUGUAACGCUGCGCUCGACCGGGUUUUUUAAAGGUUCUUCUCGCUCGGAGUGGCUGAGAAAGCACGAUGGGAGUUCAAGGACUUUGGAAACUGCUUGAAUGCGCUGGGAGACCUAUAAACCCAGAAACGCUGGAAGGAAAAAUUCUUGCUGUUGAUAUCAGUAUUUGGUUGAACCAAGCAAUAAAGGGAGCCAGAGAUCGUGGUGGUAAUUCCAUACGGAAUGCUCACCUCCUCACUCUGUUUCAUCGACUCUGCAAGUUACUGUUUUUUCGAAUCCGGCCUGUCUUUGUUUUUGAUGGAGAGGCACCGCUUCUGAAGAGACAAACGUUGGCUAAGCGAAGGCAAAGAAAGGAAGUUGCCACCAGUGAUUCCAGGAAAACUACAGAGAAACUCUUGAAAACAUUUUUGAAGAGACAGGUUAUCAAAACUGCUCUUACAGGCAAAAGCAAUGAAGCUUUGCCCAGUAUUACACAAGUUCGAAGAGAAGAAAUUGAUGAUAUGUAUGUAUUGCCUUCUUUAGAGGAUGAAGAGAAGAACAGCUCGGAGGAGGAAGAUGAAAAAGAAUGGGAAGCAAGAAUGAGCCAAAAAAAGAUGUUGCAGGAAGAGUUAUGUGAAAAUCCUCAUUCUGUAGAUAUUGAAUCAGAAGAUUUCAACAAGCUGCCUCCAGAAAUAAAACAUGAGAUCUUGACUGAUAUGAAAGAAUUUACAAAGCGAAAAAGAACAUUAUUUGAAGCAAUGCCAGAGGAGUCCAGUGACUUUUCCCAGUAUCAGCUUAGGGGUUUGCUUAAGAAAAGCAACCUCAAUCGGUGCAUAGAAAAUGUACAAAAAGAAUUGAAUCAGCAGCACUCGGGUGAAAUCCAAACGCAAUAUGAAAAUGAAGGUGGUUUUGUGAAAGAAGUGGAAUCUAGUAGGGUAGUCUCUGAAGAUACUUCUCACUAUAUCCUAAUAAAGGGUAUUCAAGCAAAAGAAGCUACAAGUAGAGACGUGGAAACUACUGCAGGACCCUCAUCAAAAAUGCUUGAAUUUAUUAAACCGAAUAAAGUCAAUGAAUCUCCUGCUAAUGCAAAGCUAGUUGCUUCUGACAAGUUGCAGACAGAGAAAGGUAACAGUGUGGUGACAGCACCGCCCUCUCCUCGGACUUUGCUUGCUAUCCAGGCAGCUAUGGUAGAAAGCAGCUCAGAAGAAGAACUGGGGGAUGAAGAUACAGGACGAUGGAAUGUGGACCAGUCUGUAACAGAAGGCGGCGGUGUGUCUCCAAGAACGCUAGAGGCAAUUCAGCAAGUUCUGAGUGACGAUGAUAGAAGGGAGGAAGUUGUUACUGUUAGAACUGAUGGAGUGCUACCAGAAAGAUCAGAAGUGAAGGAUUUUCUGCUUAGUAACUCAGACGAGGAAGAUCAGAUUCUUGAAGUUAAGGAGGGAAAAAAAAUACCUACAUCUACAAUUCAUUUGUCAAACCAAGUGAUUAUGCAAGAUGCUGAAUUUGAACAAAAGAGUCAGGAGUUGGAAAAAAGUCAUGUUACGCUUAAGGACACCAGUAUAUCCAAAGCUGAAAAUUAUUCUUGUAUUGACAAUACGAGAAAAGGCACGGAAUAUGUAGAGAAAGAAGAAAAUGGUUCCAAAAUGGACUUAAAUUCUUUGGGAGAUAAGGAUAUGAACUUGUGCACACAGAAACCAAGCUGUUCCCCUGUACAAACUAGUAUAGGGGAUUUGAUUCGUGCUGAAACAACAGACCUUUCUAAAAAGGAGGAAAACUUGAAAAUUUCUGAAAAUAUAGAGGAGGUAAUUUCGCAAACAGAAGAGAAUGUAUCUGAGGUACAAAAGGAUAUUAGACCUUUUCUGGAAGCAAAAGGUCCUGAGGAGGAAAGAGAAGGGAUAUCACAGUCUGAAGACAGUGAUUCUGAUGGAAGCUUUAUUGAAGUGGAUACUGAAAUCAGUAAUGAGGCUGAGUUUCCUACUAAAUAUGAUGAGAAACUGGGUGAUGAAACAGCACUUCCAGAAGUGGAGACAGACAGACAUGCAGUUGUCACACAGGACUUGCUGAAGGAGUCUGAUGAAGUGCAGUUGGCAAGCAAUCAGAACGUUGAAAGAGAAGAUGAUGGUAAAGAUGCAGUGGAUGAGUGGCAAGACGUCAGUUUGGAGGAACUAGAAGAAUUAGAAAAUGACCUUUCUACUGAGCAGAAUGUGCUUCAGGCUCAAAAACAGCAGCAGGAACGUGUUGCUGCUUCUGUAACAGGACAGAUGUUCUUGGAAAGCCAGGAGCUUCUCCGUCUGUUUGGCAUUCCAUAUAUUGAAGCUCCGAUGGAGGCAGAGGCACAGUGUGCUAUAUUGGACCUUACUGAUCAGACCUCUGGGACAAUCACUGAUGAUAGUGAUGUUUGGUUAUUUGGCGCACGGCAUGUUUACAAAAAUUUCUUCAGUCAAAACAAAUAUGUGGAGUAUUAUCAGUAUGUUGAUUUUCAAAACCAGCUAGGGUUGGAUCGAAGCAAGCUAAUUAAUUUGGCAUACUUGCUUGGAAGUGACUACACCGAGGGCAUCCCAAAUGUUGGCUUUGUAACAGCGAUGGAGAUUUUAAAUGAAUUUCCUGGGCAUGGCUUGGAACCUCUCUUAAAAUUUGCUGAGUGGUGGAAUGAGGCUCAGAAGAAUAAGAAACUGAGACCUAAUCCACAUGAUACCAAAGUCAAGAAGAAACUGCGGGAGCUACAGCUUUCUUCAGGUUUCCCAAAUCCAGCAGUGGCAGAAGCAUACUUGAAGCCUGUGGUGGAUGAGACAAGGGGUUCAUUCAUCUGGGGGAAGCCUGAUGUAGAGCAGAUCAGAGAAUUCUGUCAGGAUCACUUUGGCUGGACGAGGACAAAGAUAGAUGAAAUCCUUCUGCCUGUGGUGAAACAGCUGAACUUGCAGCAGACUCAGCUUCGGAUUGAUUCAUUCUUCAGACUAGCACAGCAUGAAAAACAAGCUAUUAAAAGUCAGAGACUGCGCAGAGCUGUGACGUGUCUGAAGAGAAAGGGAAAAGAAGAAGAAGCCGAUGAAAUACGGGAGGCCACCGCUGUUAUGGAGAUUGAAAUUAAACAGCGUGAGGAAAAGAAAGGGGAGGGUACUGCAGGCUGUGCCAAUCAUCAGGCUGUGGCAAUGGAAGUCCAAAGUGGAAAGAGAAGAAAACAUUCAGAUUUCAGAAAAGAACAUAUAUAUGGAGGUGGUUUUAUUGGAAAUUUGCAUCUUUCAGAAACUUCUAGUGACUCCUCAGUAGAGGAAUCGGAAAGCAGAGAUUUAGGCAAGAGCAGAAAGAGGAAAAAUGUCUCUGCAAUGGAGGCAACAGAUUGUAAAGAGAAGAAAGGGUGUAGUAGCUCAAGCAGUGAGGAUGAAGAACUGGGAAGCGUAGCCAUGGUGACUGCCAAACCUGUGUUUGAGGGCAGAAAAAAGAAAUCACAGAGUAAGAAAGGAAGAAAAAAGAAAAAGCCUUAAAGAAAAAAAGUCUUAAAAAAGAGAGACUGUGUGCACGUGAUUUUUUAUGACUUAAGCUCUGUAAAUAUUCUAAUGAAUUUUUGAUAAAUAAUAAAUUAUCCCUAUUUGUUA